GACAUAAGCAAGGUUAAAACAAAACAUAUGCUAGAAACUAAGGUUAUGUAUAUUUGACAGAGAAAAAAUCUUAAAAAUUUGAAUUAUAUGAUAAGAUAAUUUUAUUUUGUUGAUAAAUAUUUAAUAUCAUGUAUUUGUGAGUUUCUACAACCUAUAUAAGACCCAUGAGUAAUGUUAUCAAAAAAUGAGCUUUAUAAUUAACGCUUUUAAGAAUUUUUUACAUAGGAUGUUCCAAAUAUUAUCAUUCGGAAAGAAGUCUAUUUCAAAUUCAUUAAGUAUAUACGUUAAAAUCAUAGGAGGCAAUACAAUUACCGUGGAUUUAGAUCCGACGUGGGAUAUAAAAAAUGUUAAAGAAAUAGUAGCUCCUAAACUAGGUUUGGAACCAGACGAAGUGAAGAUAAUAUUCGCUGGAAAAGAAUUAGGAGAUGAAAUUAAAAUUGAGGAAUGUGAUUUGGGACAGCAAAGUAUUCUUCAUGCUGUUAAAAUUACUAGGAAGAUAAUAAAAUUACCUCAAGAAAGUAGUAGCAGCCUUAUUGAAGAAAAUGACGAUCAGAGCAGUCAACCGUUGAGUAAAACUUUGGAUGAUAGUAUGUUCUCUUAUGAUGAUAGUUCAGGUUCAGGUGGUAAUAUGGAAAGAGAAAUGCUAAACUCACAAAAUAGUUUACAUAAUUCCAAAGUACAUUUUUACAUAUUUUGUCCAACAUGCAAGGCAAUGAAGUCAGGUAAAAUAAGAGUGAGAUGUCAUUUCUGUAAGAGUGGUGCUUUCACUGUACAUUCUGAUCCCCAAAAUUGGAAUGAUGUUUUGAGACCAAAACAAAUAACAGGAACGUGUGAAAAUAGUUCAGAUAUUUGUGCUAAUAUUUUGAACAAUCGUGAGCCAACUUUUGCAGAAUUUUAUUUUAAAUGUUCAGAACACACUUCAAUGGGAGAACAAGAUGAAGCAGUGCCAUUAGAUCUGAUCAGGCCGAAUUUAAGGGAGAUUCCUUGUUUAGCAUGUGCAGAUGUUAGAGACCCUGUACUUGUAUUUCCUUGUUCGGCAGGACACGUGACAUGUUUAGAUUGUUUCCGACAAUAUUGUAUAACCAAACUAAUGGAGAGACAAUUCUGGCAACACCCCGAACUUGGUUAUACAUUAGCUUGUCCAGCUGGAUGUACAGAUUCGUUUAUUAAAGAAAUUCAUCAUUUUCGUUUGCUUACAGAAGCUCAGUAUGCUCUGUAUCAGCGUUUUGGAACAGAAGAAUUUGUACUAAGAUCCGGUGGUGUUUUGUGUCCUCAACCUGGUUGUGGAAUGGGAAUUUUAAUCGAUCCCGGAUGUAAUAAAAUUGCAUGCGUCAACGGAUGUGGGUAUGUGUUCUGUCGACUUUGUCUUCAAGGUUACCAUAUAGGCGAAUGUCAGUCAAACGAAAAUGAUAACAACACAAACGAAGAGGGUUGUAUUUAUAAUGUAGAUCCUAAUAGGGCAUCGGUAGCGAGAUGGGAUGAAGCUUCCAGGGUAACAAUUAAAGUUUCCACAAAACCUUGUCCUAAAUGUAGAACACCAACCGAAAGAGACGGAGGCUGUAUGCAUAUGAUAUGUACUAGAGCUGGUUGCGCAUUUCAUUGGUGUUGGGUUUGUCAAUCUGCUUGGACAAGAGAUUGUAUGGGCAAUCACUGGUUUGGUUGAAUUGUAGAUUUUUGUAAAAAAUAUUGUACAUAUGGGUUUGUUGUUAAUAUAUACAUUGUUGAUACUACAAAA